AUGAAUCCGGCCUUAGCAACAUCAUUUCGCGCUUCGAACUCAAGAUCAUCGGUGACUACCUCGCGUCGUACAUGUACAGUCUUGCACCAUGUUUGUUUUGUACUGGGCAACUUCAGGGAUACAACAAAGGUCCGGAAAGUUCCGUUUGCAAAGGGCGACAGUGGCGUUCCACUUGCUCGUGGUGAAAGGAUAGUUGUUCCUGUCCCUUUCAUAUUCGAGCCGGAACAGAAAAUUAAAAGGAAUGCUGUUGCUGAAUUUCCAAGAAGCGUGGUGCAAGGUGCUGGGAUGCUCCGUGCCGCUCCACAACGCCUGCGACCCUGCAAAAUAUCAGCCAUUUGUGUCACUGCACACCUAGUUUCACGAUGA